CAGCCACACAUAAAGCCCGCCAUAGAAACACUGCUGAGUGGGAGCCAUCCACCUCCCGCUUGCCCUGGUCCGUCUGAGAGAUUAUGUACAAGUAGAAAGGGGCAUCAACGUGUCGCGUUGGGCAGUUCCCAGGACCACCACAACCAUCCCAUGCUCCGAAUCUACCGGCUACACAGACAACUCCUUGGUCUCAGCCCAUUUGUCACAUCGAUCAACCCAAACCUUGCGCUGCAAUACUCACAUCUGCGCAGUCGCACGAUGGCAUCUUCAAGCGUGCCCUCGACCAUGAAGGCCCUCCAGAUCCAAAAGCAGGGGGGACUGGAAGUGCUCGAAAUUCACGACGUUCCGGUCCCUCAGCCUGGUCCCGGCCAGGUGCUUUUGAAGGUAGAGUGGGCAGGAGUCAACUUCAUCGACACCUAUCUGCGCUCUGGCUUGUACAAGAAGGAGACCCCCUUCAUUUUGGGUAACGAGUCGGCGGGUACUAUCCAUGCUGUAGGUCCAAACGUAAGCAACGUUAAGGUCGGAGACAAGGCAUCAGGCUACCUUGCAACGGGCGGCGGCUACGCAGAGUUUGCUCUGCUGGAGGAUAGCAAGAUCGUCAAGCUGCCCAGCAACGUCGACACCAAGACCGGCGCAGGUCUCGUCUUGCAAGGCCUCACAGCCUGGACGCUUGUCAAGGAGGCGUACGAAGUCAAAAAGGGUGACUACGUGCUUGUCCAUGCUGCUGCCGGUGGUGUUGGUCUCCUGCUUUGUCAGAUGUGCAAAUACCUCGGCGCCCACGUCAUCGGCACCACGUCCACAACGGAGAAGGCCGAGCUGGCCAAGGCGAACGGCGCAGAAUACGUCAUUCUUUAUGGGAAAGGCGAGAGCGUCGUCGACAAGACAUUGGAAAUUACGGGCAACAAGGGAGUUCAGGGCAUCUUUGACGGUGUUGGAAAAGACACAUGGGAAGACGACUUUAAAGUCAUCGCGCGCAAGGGCACGAUUGUCACUUUCGGCAAUGCAAGCGGUGCUGUCGAGCCAUUCGCGCCGCUGAAGCUAUCAGCCAAGAAUAUCAAGGUCGUCCGCCCCACACUCGGAAACUAUGUUGUGACACGGGAGGAGCUUGAUCGCUACAGCAAUGAGCUGUGGGAGCUUCUUGCCAAAAGCGUCAUCAAGUUGAGCGUGCACAAGGACUAUUCGUUCAGCGCCGAGGGCAUUAAGCAGAGCCAGAUCGACAUUACGAGCCGAGGAACGACGGGCAAGCUGCUGAUCAAGAUUUCGUGAUGGCGCAGUACAUAUGGUAUCACUGUACGUCCACGGAUGAAUGAAAUAUGAGAAGUAAGCAAUGGCGAUAAUCUUCGGCUAUAGACGCGACGCACCUUGGCAUACCGGUCACUCUUUUUUUUCGCUCGCAUCUCUAACAGUAUUUCCGCCGAUCUUGGUUUGUUUCCACCUCCCAUUACCAUGCCCCCUUGUGCUUGCAUCGCAGCUGGAUCGUAUCUCUUCAUGAGCCCGGAACUGCUCAC